AUGGAGAGACAACAUGUGGUGUCUUGGCUUCUCAUCCUCUUAGGACUCGGCCUUUGUAGUUAUGUGCUCGCUGAAGCAAAGAAAGAAGGGAGAUUAUUGAGGGGCAGAAGUUUUAUGGACCAUGAGGUGAAACGUGUACUCGGAGUGAAGGCUGGAUAUCGGGUGUCUUCUGGUGGUUACGGUGCAGGUUCAGGCAGUGGUUAUGGACAAGGGGGUGGACGAGGCGAUGGUAGUGAUAAGGGCUAUGGACCGGGUAGUGGAGGUGGGGGCUACGGCAGUGGCAGUGGCGGGGGCUACGGCAGUGGAGGUGGCGGUGGCGGUGGCGGUGGGAAUGGGAAUGGGAAUGGGAAUGGUAUGGGCCAAGGUGGCGGGUUUGGUGGCGGCUGGGGUGGCGGCUUUGGAGGUGGGUCUGGUUCGAGUGGUAAUGGUGGAGGAAAUGGGUAUGGCUCGGGUUAUGGUGGAGGCAUAGGUGGUGGUGGAGGCGGGGGAUAUGAUCACAACAAUGUCCAUAUCACAGGAUCUGGGUCAGAAAACCGAUCUUGA